AAUCUACACAACAAUUCCAUUUUACAAAAUUGGUUUAGUCAUAAUCGGACUCAUUUCGCGAUAAGAUAACAUAAAUCUAUAAAAAUAAAGCUGUGAGGGAAUCACAUUUUAAACCGGUUAUUUAGUUUUAUCAACAUCAACAUGUCUUGCCAAGCGGGUGGAAAUUAUUAUUGGGUUGAUUGGUCAUCGAGUAGAGGCGUUCAUAACCACGCGGUUUUAGGGGGUAAAGACCUCGAUGGAAGUCAAAUUUAUGUAGGAAGGGCUUAUCACGCUGGAGAUUGGAUCCCUGCUAAAGUUAUCCCACAAAAACGAGUCGCCUACAUUUCUUAUGGAGGUAAUGAAAUAGCGGUUCAUAAUUUCCAGGUUUUAUGCGAACAAAGAUUCCAAUGGGCAAGAGAACGUAACGGUAGAGUUCCUCAUAAUGCUGUAAUCGGUGGAAGAACUGCAACCGGGGAAAAUUUAUACAUCGGUAGGGCUCAUCAUGCCGGAGCACACACAGUUGGAAAGAUACACCCAAGUCAUGGAUGUUUGUAUAUCCCGUUUAAUGGAAAAGAAGUAGCAAUAAAAGAUUAUGAAGUCUUAACUUUACAAUAAUCAAUAAUCCUUCAAUUAAUUUGUACAUCUAUAAUAAAUAAAACAAAUUUGUAAUUAAA